AUGAACAUCACAGUCUGCUUCUCGAUCUUCCUGCUAAGUACAACCCUGGUCUUCAAAAGGGAGCCAGAGAUCAAUGACACCCUACCUUUAAACACGAGUUCUUUGUCCAAGCUGCAGGACUUGGCUCCCUUAUCACAGUUUACAGGAAUAAAGCUCUUCCUCAUCUCCCCCAUCAUAUGUCUGCUGAUGGCUGCUGGUGUCAUCCCCCUCAUUUUAUUUGCCAUCUUCUCCAACUUCCAUGCUCGCCAGGAGCCACGAUACCUCAUCUUAAGCAGCUCCAUGCUUUAUAACCUGUUCUACCUACUCUUCUACGCACUCUCAACCACAUUGAAUGUGACUGGCUUCCGGCUCCCCAGGUAUGCCUGUGUCCUCCUCCUGUUCAUGAUCGCACAAACCUACUGUGGCAGCCUUCUCACUGCUAUGGCCAUGGUACUAGACACAUACGUGGCCAUCCUGUGGCCGCUACGCUAUGCCUCCCUCCUGACCUUGCUCCGAACCAAGAAACUUAUCUUAUCCAUCUGGUUCUUUGCUGGCCUCUUCCCUGCCAUACUCUUCUUUAUCCUGUGGUCAACACAAGAGCAAACAGAGCAAACGCUGUGCCCAAUGGAAAUCUGCUCCCUCCCAGUCAUUCUAGUGAUGACCCUGCAUGGAGAUAUUGCUGUCAAACUCUGCUAUGGACUUUCAGUUACCUCCCUCUUCCUCUGCCUCUUCCUCAUUACUUUUUUCCAUGUCAGCCUCUAUGUGAAAACCCGCCAGUUGGGCAUCUGGAGGGGCAUGACAUCCCGGGCCAGUGUCACAUUCCUGAUGCACCACACAGUAUUGUUCUUAUACUUCUGCCCGAUUCUGGCACAUGUGGUUGAAACAGUGCUUUACCGUAAUCACCACAUAAGUUUACGGACUGGGAUAUGGUUGUCAAUGACUAUCUGUAACAUCAUGGUGGUCCUCCCCCAAGCUCUGUCCCCUUACCUCUAUGGGCUACGCUACAGAGAGAUCACCAAGAGCCUUAGAUUCCUGUGUGGCAGGAAGCAUCCUAAUUUGAGGCUGCCAGCUAAGUAA